AGGUGUUGAGAGGCGGAAGAGGUCCGCUGUGCUAUAUGCUACCUAAAAAGAGAGGCGCGGGGGAGGCAGAGUUGGGAAAAUUGCAGAAGAAGGCGAAGCCCGAGGAGGAAGCGAGUUUGGUGGUAGGGAAGCAGCACAGUUCAGUCAUGGCUAGUGACGGUUCCGCAUCGGAAAUGGAGAUCGACGAGGAUUUGCACAGCCGCCAGCUCGCCGUGUAUGGCCGUGAGACCAUGAGGCGCUUGUUUGGCGCCCGCGUUCUCAUAUGUGGUUUGCAAGGAUUGGGAGCAGAGAUUGCGAAAAACGUCAUCCUGGCGGGAGUUAAGGCUGUGACACUCCACGACACCGGAAACGUAGAGUUAUGGGAUCUUUCAGCCCAAUUCUAUCUUACGCAGAGCGAUGUAGGAAAGAAUAGGGCUCUAGCUUGCCUUGACAAGUUGAAGGAGCUGAAUGUUGCUGUGGACGUCUCAACGCAUGUAACAGAACUCACCACCGACUUCUUGGCCAACUUCCAGGUUGUGGUCUGCACUGACGUCUCAUUGGCCAAAGCAAUUGAGUACGACGACUUCUGCCGCGCGCAAAACCCUCCCAUUGCAUUCAUCAAGACAGAUAUCAAGGGACUUUUUGGCAGUGUCUUCUGCGAUUUUGGUCCUGAGUUUACUGUGGUUGAUGUGGAUGGGGAAGAGCCUCACACGGGCAUCAUUGCCUCUAUCAGCAAUGAUAGUCCUGCUCUUGUUACGUGCGUGGAUGAUGAAAGGUUGGAGUUCGAUGAUGGCGAUUUGGUGGUGUUUGGUGAGGUUCAUGGAAUGACUCAGUUGAACGAUGGGAAGCCCAGACUCGUGAAGAACUGUCGUCCUUAUUCCUUCUAUCUUGAUGAAGACACCUCCGGUUUCGGUGCAUAUGAGAAGGGUGGUAUCGUCACCCAGGUCAAGCAGCCGAAGGUUCUCAAGUUCAAACCGUUGAAGGAAGCUCUCAAGGAGCCUGGCGAGUUUUUGCUAACUGACUUUGCCAAAUUUGACAGACCUCCUCUAUUGCACCUUGCCUUCCAGGCUUUGGAUGCUUUUGUGGCUGAGAUGGGCAGAUAUCCAGCUCCUGUUGAUGAAUCAGAUGCACAGAAACUCAUAGAAUUGACCAAGGCUCUUAAUGAAAAGUCAGGCCAGAACAAGCUCGACUCAAUUGACGAAAGUUUACUGAAGCUGUUUUCAAGUGGAUCCCGAGCCUGCCUAAAUCCCAUGGCAGCAAUGUUUGGCGGGAUCGUGGGGCAAGAAGUCGUGAAGGCCUGCUCUGGAAAGUUUCAUCCCCUGUUUCAGUUUCUGUACUUCGAUUCGGUCGAAUCUCUACCUUCUGAACCGCUCACAGCUGAAGAUGUGAAGCCGUUGUUCUCCCGAUACGAUGCCCAGAUUUCUGUUUUUGGUUACAAAAUGCAACAAAAGCUCGAGGAAGCAAAAGUGUUUGUUGUCGGUGCUGGUGCACUGGGAUGUGAGUUCCUCAAGAACCUUGCUCUUAUGGGCGUCUCCUGCGGGCAGAAGGGAAAAUUGACACUGACAGACGAUGAUGUCAUUGAGAAGAGCAACCUUAGCCGGCAGUUUUUGUUCCGUGACUGGAACAUUGGCCAAGCAAAGUCCACAUGUGCUGCAGCCGCGGCUAUCGUUAUUAACUCCGAUCUCAAGGCAGAAGCGCUGCAGAAUCGUGUGAGUUCUGAGACCGAAACAGUGUUUGACGAUCAAUUCUGGGAAAACCUGGAUCUUGUAGUUAAUGCCUUGGACAAUGUCAAUGCGCGGCUUUAUGUGGACUCAAGGUGCGUUUACUUUCAAAAACCACUUUUGGAAUCUGGCACCCUUGGAACGAAAUGCAAUACUCAGAUGGUGAUUCCCAACGCAACGGAAAAUUAUGGUGCUUCACGGGACCCUCCAGAGAAGCAGGCUCCGAUGUGCACUGUGCACUCAUUUCCCCACAACAUUGAUCAUUGUCUGACAUGGGCAAGGUCAGAGUUCGAGGGUCUCUUGGAGAAGACACCAGCCGAGGCUAAUAGUUUCUUAUCGAAACCAGAAGAAUAUAAGGCAGCCAUGAGGUCAGCGGGAGAUGCUCAGGCCCGUGAAUUGUUGGAGCGCGUUGUGGAAGUUUUGAUUGAUGAAAGAUGCAACUCGUUUGAGGAUUGUGUCCUUUGGGCAAGGAAAAGGUUCGAGGACUAUUUUGUGAAUAGAGUAAAGCAACUCACCUUUACCUUUCCCGAGGAUGCUACGACGAGCUCGGGUUCUCCAUUUUGGUCGGCACCGAAACGAUUCCCGAAGGCCUUGGAGUUCACCUCCAGCGAUCCCGCUUACCUAUCCUUUAUUGCCGCUGCUUCUAUUCUACGAGCAGAGACUUACGGUAUUGCAGCGCCUGAUUGGGCUACCAACGCUAAGAAGCUGGCUGAGGUUGUGGAUCAGAUUAAGCUCCCAGACUUCGUACCAAAGCAAGGAGUGAAGAUUGAAACCGACGAGAAGGCAACUACAAUGAACAGCGGAUCCUUCGACGACGAAUCGAUUAUUGACCAGCUAAUUAACAAGCUUGAAGAGGGAGCAAAGACACUGGCACCAGGUUUUCACAUGAAUCCUAUUCAGUUCGAGAAGGAUAAUGACACCAACUACCACAUGGAUUUAAUUGCCGGACUAGCGAACAUGCGAGCAAGGAACUACAGUGUUCCUGAAGUGGACAAACUUAAAGCGAAGUUCAUAGCCGGGCGUAUCAUUCCUGCUAUAGCAACAACUACUGCCAUGGCCACAGGUUUGGUUUGCUUAGAGCUCUACAAGGUGCUUGCCAAUCACAAAGUGGAGAAAUAUAGGAACACUUUUGCCAAUUUAGCUUUGCCCCUUUUCUCCAUGGCAGAACCUGUUCCUCCCAAAUCUUUUAAGCACGGGGAUAUGACAUGGUCAAUCUGGGAUCGCUGGGUGAUUGCUGGUGACCUAACCCUGAAGGAGUUGUUAGCUUGGUUUCAAGAGAAGGGACUGAGUGCGUACAGCAUUUCUUGUGGCCAGAGCCUUCUGUACAACAACAUUUUUCCUAGACACAAAGAUAGGAUGGAUAAGAAGGUGCUGGAUUUGGCAAGGGACAUUGCAAAGCUCGAGAUUCCUCCCAAUCGGCGUCAUUUUGACCUAGUGGUUGCUUGUGAGGAUGAAGAGGGUGAGGAUCUGGAUGUCCCAUUGAUAUCUAUAUGCUUCCGUUAGGCUGGUACUUUUAUUCCCAUCGAUAUCUUCUAUUGCUUCUGGGUGGAAAUUUCACUCGAAAUAAGGAGCUUUUUCGCCAGGAGAGAACAUCUAGAAAUUUAGGAUAAUUUUCAACACGGAUCCGACCUCAUGUUUGUUAUCCGUGUCUCACUCGACACACAUCAGGAGUACAGAAAACUGCAGCAAUUACAACUCAAAUUGUUCCGAGUAAUUUACUGCCUAUCUUUGUCACCAAUCCUCAGGGUGAGGUCUAAGUUUGUUGAAACAGUACUUCUCAUGUCAUCUGGUUUUGAAUGGAGAAACAGCAGCUAGGUCUGCGAAAUGAAUCUAGCAUCUGCGGGACUUAUGUUGUUUAUUGAGUAUGGGUGUAUUGCGCCUUUGUGGACUUUGCUUGGCGCUCGGUAUCUUUACACGAGAGUACAUUAGUACUCUCGUGUACCUUGCCAGUGUUGGUUUCAUUUGAAUGGCUACUGAACGCCUGCUAGACUAAACACGCGUUUUCAGUACUGAAUCUCAGGCUGCCAGCCCACUAGAAUAUUUCACUUUAAUGCUU